AUCUCUGCUUUCAUUGCAGGUGGAAGACAGCAUGAUGGACGUGUAUGAUCUUGUGUACGAGGAGGUAAGGAGGAACGCCUCCAGCUUCAGGAGGCAGGAGCUGACCGCCAUCCACGAAGCAUUCCUGUGCUGUGGGAAGAUCUCUCCAUUUGGGGACAUGACCAACGUUGAGCGUGAGACAUGUCCGCCUGGCCAGGUGCAUGAUGAGGGACAGGACUGCCUGCAGGAGAUCCAGGACUUCCUGAAGAAGCACAUGGACUUCGUCUCCACACUCCUGGGUGUCACCAUCGGCUUCACGAUUUACGGGAUGAUCCUGUCUUCAUUCCUCUGGUUCUCCAUCCACUUCAGCAGCAACCUGGACCGGAAAGGCAAAUACAUCCUGCGAGACAGGUAG